GCAGGAUGCUACUUGAAUGGGUAACACCAUGGCUCGUCCUCUACCUUGGACAACUAGCAGCCAGCACGGUCACUGUUCAGAUGGUUCCGAAAAUGCCAGUCAUUCAAGAAGUGAGACCCGCUAACAACGACCAGAUCUGCAGUACAUGGGGAAACUAUCACUUUAAGACUUUCGAUGGAGAUUUCUUCCAGCUUCCCUCGACCUGCAACUACAUCCUUGCGUCCCAGUGUAGGGGAAGCUACGAAAGUUUCAAUAUCCAGUUUCAACGGCAGGAGACGAAUGGGUCCAUCACCAUUAAAAAGGUCACUAUGAAACUGGAUGGGGUCGUUGUGGAAUUAGCCAAGACAUCCAUCCUAAUCAAUGAUGAGCCUGUCACUAUACCAUUCAGCCAAAGUGGCAUUUUAAUUGAAAGAGCCGUCUCCUACGUGAAAAUCGAGGCAAAGCUGGGUUUGGUUGUGAUGUGGAAUGAAAAAGACUCCCUCUGGGUUGAGCUGGAUAGCAAAUUCAAGAAUCAGACCUGUGGCCUGUGUGGUGACUACAAUGGAGUCCAGGUUUACGAUGAGUUAAUUCAAACAGAAACAGGGGAGUCUUUACCGCUUGAAUAUUACGGGGAGUCCUGGAAAGUCAAUGGUCCUAUUGAAGAGUGUGAAGGAAUCUCCACUGCUGCCACACAGACCUGUGAAAAUCAAAAUGACCUCUGUGCAAACCUGCUGACAGGACCUGCAUUCCUCAGCUGUCAAGAGCUGAUUGAUACUGACGCCUUCAUCGAAGCCUGUGUGAAGGACCUGUGCCUCUGUCACAGUCGUACCUCAUGCCUAUGUGCCACCACAUCAGAAUACUCUCGUCAGUGCGCUCAUGCAGGCGGGGUACCACAGCAAUGGAAGACAGCACAACUGUGUGCAAAAACAUGCCCUUUCAACAUGGAGUAUAACGAAUGCGGUAGUCCCUGUACUGACACCUGCAGCAACCCCCAGAGAAGCCAAGAGUGUGAGGAUCACUGCAUAGAUGGAUGCUUUUGUCCAACGGGCACCGUCUUUGAUGACAUUACUCAGAGGGGAUGUGUUGCUGCUGACACAUGCUCCUGCUUACACAACGGCAAGCCAUACAAAUCAGGGGAAACAUACUCAAGGACAUGUCAACAUUGCACCUGUACCCAGGCCCAGUGGUGCUGUGAGAGUCUAGACUGUCCUGGCAUCUGCUCCGUGCUGGGUGGCAGCCACAUUUCCACCUAUGAUGACAAAACCUAUUCUUUCCAUGGAGACUGCUCUUAUGCACUCUCCACGGAAACUAAUGGGACUUUCAGCGUCCUUGGUAACCUGGCCAAAUGUAAAGAUUUAGAGAAGUCGACUUGCCUGUCUGCAGUCACCCUAGUACUGCCUAAAGACAAGAGGAUUGUGGUUGAAGCUAAUGGAAAGGUUUUGUUUAACAAACUAAACACCCAGCUCCCUCUUAUCACGGAUGACGUCAUAGUCUUCAGCCCAUCGACAUUCUUCAUUGUAAUCCAAACCAAUGUUGGGCUUCUCCUCGAGAUUCAGCUUUCACCCAUUAUGCAGGUCUACAUCAAAGCCAGUGUUUCCCAUAAGGGAAAACUCAGGGGUCUUUGUGGAGAUUUUAAUGAUGUGGAAGCUGAUGACUUCAAGGCCUCAAAUGGACUGACUGAGCGGACUGCUGGGACAUUUGUCAACACAUGGAAGACCAAAUCAAUCUGCUCCGAUGUGACCAACAUAAUGGGGGACCCCUGUAUUUUGAGCAUAACCAAGGAGAAAUAUGCCAAACACUGGUGCGCCUUGCUGUCAGACCCAGAAGAGAUUUUUGCAAAGUGCCAUUCCGUAAUAAAUCCAGAAGACUAUGAAGUUUCUUGUGUUUAUGACACCUGCGUCUGUGAAAACAGUGAGGAGUGCAUGUGUGCUGCUGUAUCCUCUUAUGUCCAUGCAUGUGCUGCUGAAGGUGUCUUAUUGAAUGGAUGGAGGAACACUGUAUGCCAUAAAUACAUGACUGACUGCCCUUCGACUUUUGUGUACGGCUACCAAAUGACAAGCUGUGGACGCACCUGCCGCUCUCUUAGUGAGUCAGAUGCCACAUGUGAGGUUGAAUUUACUCAGCUUGACGGCUGCGGCUGUGCUGAAGGAACUUACCUCAACGAGAAUGGACAGUGUGUGUCAGCCUCAGACUGCUCCUGUCAUGUGGGAGACCAGCAGGUACGCCACGGCCAUGCCGUCCAAGUCCAUGCACAAAGUUGCUUAUGCCAUUAUGGAAAACUAGAAUGUACAGGAACCCAAAUAACUGGAUCGUGCAUCGAACCAAUGAUUUUCUUCAACUGCUCAAACGCAAUGCCAGGUGACAAGGGGUCAGAGUGCCAAAGAAGCUGCCAGAUACUGGACACAGAAUGUGUCAGUACACAGUGCAUGUCAGACUGCGUAUGUCCUGCUGACCUGCUGUCUGAUGGUAAAGGAGGCUGUAUUAAGAAGGAGAACUGUCCCUGCACAUAUAAUGGAGAUUCCUAUAACCCUGGACAGACUGUUACUGUGGACUGCAAUACCUGCACCUGCAAAAGCAGAACAUGGGAAUGUACAGAUCACGGUUGUGAUAGAACCUGUACCGUAUAUGGAGAAGGGCAUUACAUAACUUUUGAUGAAAAGAAAUUCUCCUUUAAUGGGGACUGUGGCUACGUCUUCACUCAGGAUUACUGUGAGGACAAUUGGAACGGCACUUUUCGGGUCCUGGCUGAGAGCAUCCCAUGUGGAACAACUGAAAGCAUCUGCUCCACUGCUAUCAAACUCUACCUAGGGAACAAUGAAAUAGUUCUUUCAGAGGAACAUGUCAGAGUUAUCAAACAAAGCAAAGGUGUGGACAUACCCUUUAAAGUCCACACUAUGGGCAUUUACCUUGUCAUUGAGGCAAAGAAUGGUCUUGUUCUCAUUUGGGAUAAGAAGACAACCGUCAUGAUCAAACUCAAGCCCACAUUCAAGGGAAAAAUAUGUGGUCUUUGUGGUAAUUAUGAUGGGAAUAUCAAGAACGAUUUUACCACGAGAAGCAAAGAAGUUGUUGUUGAAGCCCUUGACUUUGGAAACAGCUGGAAAGUGUCACCUAGCUGCCCGAAUGCUGACACACACAAAAAUCCUUGCUGGCUGUACUCACACAGGCAAGCAUGGGCAUUAAAACACUGCAGCAUUAUCAAUAGUAUAGUAUUUGCUGGUUGCCAUUCAAAGGUGGAUCCACAAAACUAUUAUGAUUCUUGUGUGAGAGACACUUGUUCCUGCAACACGGGGGGGGAUUGUGAUUGUUUCUGCUCGGCUGUAUCAGCCUACGCAGCAGCCUGUAAUGAGGCCGGAUCCUGCGUGAAAUGGAGGACUCCUAAAAUUUGCCCCCUGUUCUGUGAUUUUUACAACCCUGAUGGAGAGUGCGAAUGGCACUAUGAGCCUUGUGGGAAACCGUGCAUGAGGACAUGCAGGAAUCCCUCGGGAGCAUGCUACAAUCACAUUCCAGCACUAGAAGGUUGCUAUGCAAAUUGCCCGCCUGAACGAUCUUAUUUGGAAGAAGAUACGAUGCAGUGUGUGUCGCAGGAACAUUGUGGCUGCUAUGAUGAUGAUGGGAAGCACUACAAAGAAGGGGCGCUCAUGCUGCCAAAGGAAAACUGUCACAAGUGUUAUUGUUCUUCAACAAAGAUGGAGUGCAUCUAUGAUAUCAAAGCUUGUACCUGUUCAUACCAAGGACAUGUGUACAAGUAUGGAGAUACAGUCUACGACACCCAUGAUGGAGAUGGAACCUGUAUCAGAGCUGUUUGUGGAGAAAAAGGAAAUAUUACAAGAAUCAUAGAGACUUGCUCUAUAACUGCACCCACACAGACACCAACAACAACAAUCUUUAAUUUUAAAACAAGUGAGAGACCGACUCCCACUCCAAGUGUUACAACUGAGGCUGUGACACAGAUUCAGACUUUCUCAACAACAAUCACAGGAAGGCUCACCACAACCACAGAAGAGGAACCAACUACUGCUGCCACAACUACUCAAGAACCUAGCACGUCAGUAGAAACUGAAAAGUCGACAACAACAACAACAACUACAAUCAUAGACAAACCCACCACAACCCCAGUAGAGGAACACACUACUGCUGCGACAACCACAGAAAAACGUACAACAUCGGCUGACUGCUCUGUUUGUACGUGGUCAGACUGGACAGACACUACUUACCCUGGUGUUGAAAACGGUUUUGGAGAUGAUGAGCCCAUCGAAGGAAUUUCCGAUCUGGAUCUGAGUGUUUGCAGUAAACCUCUGGAGAUAGAAUGUAGAGGAAAAGAGUAUGAGAACAUUCCUUUGAAAGAUCUAGAUCAAAAAGUAAUAUGCAACUCAAGCUAUGGACUAAUCUGUCAUGGCAUAGACCAGGGUUUACCUCCUAUUUGUCUUAACUAUGUAAUUCGAAUUAAAUGUUGCAUUAACACGUGUGAACCUUCAACCACAACUGCAUCCUCAACAACAACAAAAGGACCGUCCACUACAACCUCAGCAAAAACCACAGAAAGACUCACAACAAGAACAACCACAGUAAAGGAACACACUACUACUGCUACAACAACUGAAGAACCGAGCACACCAGAAGAAACUACAGAAAAGGCGACCACAACAACCACCACAACCACAACAAACAAACCCACAAUUACAAAUGAAUCCGCAACAACAACCACCACAACAACUACAAUCAUAGACAAACCCACCACAGUAGAGGAACCAACUACUGCUGCCACAACUACUGAAGAACCAAGCACACCAGUAGAAACUACAGAAAAGGCGACCACAACAACCACCACAACCACUACAAACAAACCCACAAUUACAAAUGAAUCCGCAACAACAACCACCACAACAACUACAAUCAUAGACAAACCCACCACAGCCACAGUAGAGGAACCAACUACUGCUGCCACAACUACUCAAGAACCUAGCACGUCAGUAGAAACUGAAAAGUCGACAACAACAACAACAACUACAAUCAUAGACAAACCCACCACAACCCCAGUAGAGGAACACACUACUGCUGCGACAACCACAGAAAAACGUACAACAUCGGCUGACUGCUCUGUUUGUACGUGGUCAGACUGGACAGACACUACUUACCCUGGUGUUGAAAACGGUUUUGGAGAUGAUGAACCCAUCGAAGGAAUUUCCGAUCUGGAUCUGAGUGUUUGCAGUAAACCUCUGGAGAUAGAAUGUAGAGGAAAAGAGUAUGAGAACAUUCCUUUGAAAGAUCUAGAUCAAAAAGUAAUAUGCAACUCAAGCUAUGGACUAAUCUGUCAUGGCAUAGACCAGGGUUUACCUCCUAUUUGUCUUAACUAUGUAAUUCGAAUUAAAUGUUGCAUUAACACGUGUGAACCUUCAACCACAACUGCAUCCUCAACAACAACAAAAGGACCAUCCACUACAACCUCAGCAAAAACCACAGAAAGACUCACAACAAGAACAACCACAGUAAAGGAACACACUACUACUGCUACAACAACUGAAGAACCGAGCACGCCAGAAGAAACUACAGAAAAGGCGACCACAACAACCACCACAACCACAACAAACAAACCCACAAGUACAAAUGAAUCCGCAACAACAACCACCACAACAACUACAAUCAUAGACAAACCCACCACAGUAGAGGAACACACUACUGCUGCCACCACAACUACAGAAGAACCAAGCACGCCAGUAGAAACUACAGAAAAGGCGACCACAACAACCACCACAACCACUACAAACACACCUACAAUUACAAGUGAAUCCACAACAACAACAACUACAAUCAAAGAUAAAUCAACCACAGUAGAGGAACACACUACUGCUGCCACCACUACUGAAAAACCAAGCACGCCAGUAGAAACCACAGAAAAGGCGACCACAACAACCACCACAACCACUACAAACACACCCACAAUUACAAAUAAAUCGACAAUAACAACAACAGCCAGAACAACUACAAUCAUAGGCAAACCCACCACAACCCCAUUAGAGGAACACACUACUACUGCCACCACAACUACAGAAGAACCAAGCACACAAGUGGAAACCACAGAAAAGGCGACUACAACAACAACCACAACCACUACAAACACACCUACAAUUACAAAUGAAUCCACAACAACAGCAACUACAAUCAAAGAUAAAUCAACCACAGUAGAGGAACACACUACUGCUACCACAACUACUAAAGAACCUAGCACGCCAGUAGAAACUACAGUAAAGGCGACCACAACAACCACAACAAUCACUACAAGCAAACCCACAAUUACGAAUAAAUCGACAACAACAGCCAUAACAACAAUCACAGACAAACCCACCACAGCCACCGAAGAGGAACCCACUACUGCUGCUACAGCAACUGAAGAAACUAGCACCUCAGUGGAAACCACAGAAAAGGCGACCACAACAACCACCGGAAUUCCCAUUACUACUGCUGUUGCAACAACUAUUAACUCCAUCACAACAAACGCAGUCGUUUUUACAGAUGAUGUUACAACAACGGUAUCACUCACAGGAGCCAUUGUUACAAUUACAACUGCAACAUCAUCAGUAACGAACACCACUGCCUCCACAGUAACGCCCAUUACUGAAGCUCCAACUGCAAAACAGUCCUCAACAACAGGCGGAACAACUUUAUGUUUCUGCAAAUACAUGGAUAUAUUUUUUAGUCCUGGUAGCUUCAUGUACAAUAAGACUGAUGGAGAAGGCUGGUGUUUUACUGCAUAUUGCAAUUUGACAUGCCAUGUUGAGAAGCUUGCUAGAGCAUGUCAACCUUCGACUCCACCAACUCCUACCACCACCAGAGCAAGCCAUGGCACUACAAAACUAAUUGUCUCGACAACUGCCAGUACAAUUUCUUCAUCCACUGUGAGGCGUUCCAAAAACUGUUCAUAUCUGCAACCACCUCGAGAGGAUGGUGAGUCCUGGAGUUCAAACAACUGCAUCACAGAAACAUGUGAUAAUGGAAGAGUAAUAACAGAGCAUGUACCAUGUGAACCAACGGCCAUGCCUGUAUGUGAGAAUAUGCAUCCACCAGUCAGGGUUUAUGAUAAGCAAGGCUGCUGUUUCCACUAUGACUGCAGAUGUGUUUGUGCUGGCUGGGGGGAUCCUCACUAUUUGACAUUUGAUGGCCAGUAUUACAGCUUCCAGAAAAACUGCACAUAUGUCCUUGUCAAAGAGAUUAUUCCUCAACACAAUUUUACAAUUCUUAUCAACAACGAAAACUGUAAUCCCUCUGGAACUGUGACCUGUCCUAAAUCCUUGAUUGUGUACUACAAAAACUAUGAAAUUAUUCUUACACAGGAGAGAAACCCAAGGCCUGUAAAUAAGGUGAUCAUCAACGGCAAGCAGGUAUUACCAACCUACUCUAAUGAUGACUUUAUCAUAACAAGUACAGCAAUUGAGCUGCUGUUGAGAAUCCCGGAAAUUGAAGCCAUUGUGAUGUUCAAAGGGCUCUUAUACAGCGUUGACUUGCCCUUAUCCCUUUUCCACAACAACACAGAGGGACAGUGUGGUACCUGUGACAAUAACAGGAAAAAUGACUGCAGAUUACCAAAUGGACAGAUUAAUCCUUCAUGCUCUCAGAUGGGACAGUGGCAAGUAUCGGAUAAGAAUAAACCAUAUUGUGACAACCAAUCUCCUACACCAUCACCAAAACCAACAACUACAGUCACACCCUGCAAACCGGAUAUCUGUGAAAUUCUGAUCAGCAAGGUGUUUGAGGAAUGCCACAAAGUAAUCUCACCAAAACCAUUUUACGAGAGCUGUAAAUUUGAUGUUUGCCACAUGGAAGAUUCCACCAUUGGUUGUUCCGAUUUGGCGGCGUAUGCCGCAAUGUGUGCUCAAGAAUCCGUCUGUCUACCCUGGAGGAAUGCUACAAACAGGCAGUGUGACUAUACAUGUCCACAACAUAUGGUCUACAAACCUUGCGAACCAACUGUUGUUCUAACGUGCAAUGGAAGAUACAAUGAGAAGCAGGCAAAACGAUGCCAGGGAAGAAAUGGCAAAAUAAACAAAGCUUGUAAUGGCAUCACGGAGGGAUGUUUCUGCCCAGAGAGGACGACCCUGUUCAGCUCAAAUUCUGAGCUCUGUGUCUCCUCCUGUUGCACUGGACCUGAUGGCCAACCUAAACAGCUUGGUGAGACUUGGCAGAAUGACUGUAAGAUGUGUACUUGUGAUGAGGACACACUGAGCGUUCAGUGUGAGCUUCUCACAUGUCCCACUCAAGAGCCAAUAACCUGCACCGAGGAAGGUGAGGUGUUGGUGGAGCGCAAAGUGGACUGCUGUAUGAGACUGACCUGUGAAUGUGAUACGAACCGCUGUUCGUUAGUAAAAUAUAAGUGCAAACUGGGAUUUGAGUUGGAGAUCCACAUGUCAAAUGACACGUGCUGCCCGUCUUACCGCUGUCUACCCAAAGGCGUCUGUGUCUUCAAUGAUACUGAGUACAAGCCAGGUAUGGAAUUCUCCAAAAACCCGUGUGAAUCAUGCCACUGUACUAAAACUCAGGAUCCCAGCAGCAAGUUGAACGCCAUUGAGUGUCAUGUGAAGCAAUGUAUACGAUUGUGUGCAGAGGGCUAUGUGUAUGAACACCAACCUGGACAGUGUUGUGGAUUGUGUAAACAAACCAGCUGUGUGGUGGAGGUCCCAGGCUUCUCUUCUCCCAUCAUUAUUAAACCUUCUCAGUCUUGGUCUCCGCCAAAUGAUAAGUGCACCACGUAUGAUUGCCAAAAGGUGAAGGACGAGUUCAAAACCACUAAAAGUCUAACAACAUGUCCUGCAUUUGAUCCAGCAAACUGCGUUCCUGGAACUGAACAAAGUGACAUCAACGGUUGUUGCAAAACUUGUACUCAAAGAACCAGCUGUCAAAUCAACAGGAACACCAUCUAUCUGCAGACAAAGAACUGCAAGUCAGUGGUGCCAGUGGAAAUCACAGCCUGUGCAGGAGCUUGUGGAGCGUCCUCAUCAACGUACUCUGUGGAAGACGAGCGAUUGAUGCAUUCAUGCUCAUGCUGUCAUGAAAUGGCAACCAGUAGGAAGGAGGUGGAGAUGGUCUGCGUUGAUGGCAAUAAGAUAAAGCACUCCUACAUUUCAGUUGACAAGUGUGGUUGCCAAUUCGCUGAAUGUAUGGAUGAUUAAACUAAUCUAAAAAUGUUGCAAGACAAUUUCCUAUACCCCUGGAAAUCAUCCCUUCACACUAUUCACGUUCUCGUUUAUUGUCAGGGAGGCAGGUCCGCAUAGUGCGCUGUGAUGACAGCAUGCUUGUGUCCUGGUCUCUCUUUUAGCUGUUUGAAGAGGAUUUUCCUUUUAUUCAAACUUAACAAUGCUGUGUUUUUAAUCUUGUGUUUCUCUUUAUUUUGCAAAAAAUUAUGAGAGAGAUAAAAGACACAAUAAUGGCUUCAGAUAUUAAAGUACAUUUAAGCAUUUUUUUAUUUUGGGGAAAAGGGAUUACAUUUGUUGUGAAAUGUGAAAGAUUUAAAACAUGGAUUUGAAUUUUAAAUUAUAACCCAUCAAAUAUAUACAUAAAGGUUGAAAAUAAUACCAGGCUAUAUUUGUCUUUCAUCUUCUGUGUCAAACAUCUGGAUGUCUUCAUUUUCAUUAAAGUUUCGCUUUUGUGUGUU